GGGUCGGCCGGAGGCGCGCACCCCGCGAGCUGAAUGCGCGCGCUGCGGUCUCUAUUCGGGCUCGGGCUGCUGGUGGCGAGCUCGCGCCUGCCACGUGCCAGACUCCAGGCCCAUGCCUGUCGUGUGGGACCCACCUGGUGGGGGCCACAGAGGCUGAGCUCGGGUGGCCGCGGGGACCCAGAGGUCAUGGCGAGCACGGCGGUGAGGUACUUGAGCCAGGAGGAGGCUCAGGCCGUGGACGAGGAGCUGUUUAACGAAUACCAGUUCAGCGUGGACCAACUUAUGGAGCUGGCUGGGCUGAGCUGUGCUACAGCCAUUGCUAAGGCAUAUCCCCCCACGUCAAUGUCCAGGAGCCCCGCCACUGUCCUGGUCAUCUGUGGCCCUGGAAAUAAUGGAGGAGAUGGCCUGGUCUGUGCCCGACACCUCAAGCUCUUUGGCUACCAGCCAACCAUCUACUACCCCAAAAGACCUAACAAGCCACUCUUCAACGCACUGGUGACCCAAUGUCAAAAAAUGGACAUCCCUUUCCUUGGUGAAAUGCCCCCAGAGCCCAUGCUGAUCGAUGAGCUAUAUGAUCUGGUGGUGGAUGCCAUCUUUGGCUUCAGCUUCAAGGGUGAUGUUCGGGAACCAUUCCGUACAAUCCUGAGUAUCCUGAAUGGAGUCACUGUGCCCAUUGCCAGCAUCGACAUUCCCUCAGGAUGGGAUGUGGAGAAGGGAAACCCUGGAGGGAUCCAGCCAGACUUGCUCAUCUCCCUGACUGCACCCAAAAAGUCUGCCACCCAGUUUACCGGUCGAUACCACUACCUGGGGGGUCGUUUUGUACCACCUGCUCUGGAAAAGAAGUACCAGCUCAAUCUGCCAUCAUACCCGGAUACUGAGUGUGUGUAUCGUUUGCAGUGAGGGAAGGUGGGUGGUGUUCUUCCCCAUAAAGACUUAGUGCCUCUCUCAGAACUGUGGAGACCUGAGAGCUCUUCUGGCAGUAAAACUUAAUGGGUGGUAGGCAUCUGAGAUACGGUGUCAUCUCUGGGGAAGCACAAGAAGCAAGAGAGGUUGCUGUGGCAUUUGAGGGCAAUAAAAACUUACUUUCAUAUGC